AUGGGGGCAUUCGUCGUCGUCGUCGCCUUUCUCCUCUGCGUCUCACAGACGAUGACCAUGCUCUUUCGCUCGAAGGUGGUACAGCUGUUGCAGCGGUAUCAGUCGAACCCAACGAACACGCUGUUGACGAUCGAGGACGUGAACGAGGUGAUCCCGCCGCUGGUGACGGUGUGCCCGUUCCCCGGAUACAACGCGACCGUGCUGGGGGAGCUGGGGGUAGGGGCGGAGGAGAUCAGCUGGGAGGGGGAGGAGGGGAUCCUGGGGAGGAGGAACCUGUCGAUGCUGGAUAUCUACAAGAGGGCGUCGAUGGACGUGCUAGAUCUCAUGCGGGAGCUGUCCGUGUUUGCGAUAGGGGCGGAGGGAGAUGCUGUCGAUUGUCGGAGGGUCGACCGGGUUCUGGACGGGUCUCGUGCAUCGUAUAGGAGUCCGUUUCCCAUCGCGUUCAACAGACUCUUCCGAGCCCUCAAGAAGGGCAAAGGAGUUGGACACGGUCUCGACGACCGGAAGGGACAGCGCGGGAGUGCACCCUCCUCUCCUCCUCUCCUCCUCUCCUCCUCUCCUCCUCUCCUCCUCUCCUCCUCUCCUCCUCUCCUCCUCUCCUCCUCUCCUCUCCUCUCCUCCUUUCUUCCACUCCUUCACUCCUCUCCACAACCAACAGAAGCUCCGCGUUGCAUUUGGGAGAAAUUGGAACGCGGAAACUGGACGGAGAAGAUGUUCGCGACGGCCGAGACGGGCCCGAGAUUCUGCCGCUGCAUCUCCUUCGGAUUUUCCGUCGCCGUCCUCGUCGGGGUCUCGUCCGGACGGGUCCGGUUCGUCUUCGACCUCCCCGCCGGGAACGUCACCAUGCUCAAGGUGUUUCUGGACGACGCGGCGCUGGGCUCGAGCGACUUCCUUCGGAUCUCCCGGGGACGGGCCCUGGAGGUCUACCCGGAGUCCAACGUCGCGGUGAGCGUCUGCCACAAGAACAUUCACUUCUUGAACAGACCGGAGACUUCCUGCAAUUCCACGCCUCGCUACAACCAACAGAGGUGCCUCCACGAAUGCGUGGAGAAAAUUCUGGUGGAGAAGGUGGGUUGCGUCGUCCCGGAACUCCUGAAUAACCCGCAACCGGGCUACCCGCCUCCGUGCCGGACGAAGGCGGAAGUGCACCGGUUCGUCGCGGAAUACGCCGGCGUGAGGCGGAGGAAGCUGCCCCUGCGGGACCUCGGUUGUAGCUGCAAGAAGGCGUGCCAGAGGAAGGAGUACCAGGUGGGGGUGAGGAGUCAUACGCCGAGGGGGCCCGAGGACGGACGAGGGUCGUCGCUCGUCCUCCACUUUCCCUGUCGAGGGGUAUAA